GCCAAGAAGAAGAAGAACAAGAGAAACUGUCCUGUAUGUCGAGGCAUUCAUAAAUUUCUGCCUUGUCUUCGCACGUCGUUAAGACAAAUAAAAUGACUGACGCUGGUUGUUGGGAGCCGGAUCGCAUCCAGCUGGACUUAUUGAUGCCUACAGACAAGACCUCUGGAAGAGGAGAUUCCUCCAACACCUUCUUCAUCGAGACAGUUUUCGGAAAGCACGUCCCUCGAUCUGUCUGUGUGAACCCUGAGCCCACCAUCAUUGUGUUUCCUGCAGAUGUUAAGCAGAUGCUGAUGGUUAAAGAAGAAACCACAGAAGACCAAAAACCUAAUGUGGACCUGCAUGACCGAAAGCCCUACCACAUAAAGGAGGAAGAGGAGAGAGUCUGCAUCAGUCAGGGGGAAGAGCUGCAAAAUGUGAAGGAGGAGAUAGAAAGUGCCAUAAAGAGUGAGGAUGAUAAACAGUCCCCUCUGCUCUCACAGCUUUGUCAAGACCAAAUAAAAGACAGAGAACCUCCAGAAGAUAACAAUGGAGGAGAAUCCAUCAAGACGGAAGAUCAUCAAAAUGGUUCCAGGUCCUUAGAAUGUGAAGACACCAAGAAGGAUGAAGAGGACGAUGAUGUAGAACUGAAACACUUGUCAGACUCUGGACUGAAAACUAAAGUCAUAGACAGAGAUCCUGAGUCAGAUGGAAAACUUGUUAACAAACCAAAUUCAGAAAUAGGGUCUCCAGGGCUAAUGGAUAUUACAAAAUGUUUUACACAGAACAAAAAUGGUGGCUCACAAAGGAAGAUCAAAAUAGGAGAGAAGUUUAGUUGUGAAGUCUGUGGCAAAACAUUUAUUGAAAAACAGAAUUUAAACAUACACAUGAGAAUCCACACAGAAGAGAAUUUUUUUUACUGUCAUCUCUGUGGACGUAGAUUUACUGAUGAAUCAAGAUUAAACAAACACACAAGAAUCCACACAGGACAAAAGCCUUUCUGUUGUGACGUAUGUGGAAACAAAUUUAGCCGAAAAGCACAUUUACACUCACACAUGAGAAUGCACACGGGACAGAAACCUUUCUGUUGCGACCUAUGUGGACAUAGAUUUACGGAAAAAUCAAAUUUAAAUAGGCACAAGAGAAUCCACGCAGGACAGAAAACUUUCUGUUGUGAUCUUUGUGGACAUAGUUUUAACCAAAAACAACAUUUAAACACACAUAUGUUAAUCCACACAGGACAGAAGCCUUUCUGUUGUGAAAUCUGUGGACAUGGCUUUAACCAGAAAUCUAGUUUAAACACCCACAUGAGAACCCACACAGGACAGAAACCCUUCUGUUGUGAUAUCUGUGGACAUAAAUUUAGCCGAAAAGCACAUUUAAACACACACAUGAGAAUCCACACAGGACAGAAACCCUUUUGUUGUGAAGUUUGUGGAAACAAAUUUACUGAAAAAUCUAACUUAAAUAGACACAUGAGAAUCCAUGCAAGACAGAAAACUUUCUGUUGUGAUCUUUGUGGACAUAAAUUUAACCAAAAACAACAUUUAAACACACACAUGUUAAUUCACACAGGACAGAAGCCUUUCUGUUGUGAAAUCUGUGGACAUAGCUUUGACAAGAAAUCUAGUUUAAACGCACACAUGAGAAUCCACACAAGUCAGAAACCUUGCUGUUGUGAUGUCUGUGGACAUAAAUUUAGCCGAAAAGCACAUUUAAACACACACAUGAGAAUCCACACAGGACAGAAGCCCUUCUGUUGUGACGUUUGUGGACAUAAAUUCAGUGAUAAAUCAAAUCGAAAUAAACACAUGAGAAUCCACACAAGACAGAAAAUCUUAUUUUGUGAUCUUAAACAGGACAGAAACCUUUCUGCUGUGAACUCUGUUGACACAAAUGUACUGGAGAUAGAAAGUGCCAUAAAGAGUGAGGAUGAUAAACAGCCCCCUCUGCUUUCACAGUUUUAUCAAGACCAAAAUAAAGACAGAGAACUUCCAGAAGAAAACGAUGCAGGAGAAUCCAUCAAGACGGAAGAUCAUCAAAAUGGUUCCAGGUCCUUAGAGUGUGAAGACAUCAAGAAAGAAGAAGAAGAGGACGAUGAUAUAGAGCUGAAACACUUGUCAGACUCUGGACUGAAAACUACAGGCAUGGACAGAGAUCCUGAGUCAGAUGGAGACCUUGUUAACAAACCAAAUUCAGAAAUGGGAUCUUCAGGGUUGAUGGAUAUGAAGAAGUGUUUUACAAUGAACAAAAAUGGUGACUCACAAAGGAAGGUCAAAACAGGAGAGAAGUUUAGCUGUGAAGACUGUGGCAAAACAUUUAUUAAAAAACACAAUUUAGACAUACACAUGAGAAUCCACAGAGGAGAGACAUUUUUUUGCUGUCAUCUCUGUGGAUGUAGAUUUACUGAUGAAUCAAGAUUAAACAAACACACAAGAAUCCACACAGGACAGAAGCCUUUCUGUUGUGUUGUAUGUGGAAACAAAUUUAGCCGAAAAGCACAUUUAAACACACACAUGAGAAUCCACACAGGACAGAAGCCCUUCUGUUGUGACAUUUGUGGACAUAAAUUUACUGAUCAAUCAAAUCGAAAUAAACACAUGAGAAUCCACACAAGACAGAAAAUCUUAUCUUGUGAUCUUAAACAGGACGGAAACCUUUCUGUUAUGAACUCUGUGGACACAAAUGUACUGGAGAUAGAAAGUGCCAUAAAGAGUGAGGAUGAUAAAUUGUGCCCUCUGCUUUCACAGUUUUAUCAAGACCAAAAUAAAGACAGAGAACUUCCAGAAGAAAACAAUGGAGGACAAUCCAUCAAGAUAGAAGAUCAUCAAAAUGGUUCGAGGUCUGUAGAGUGUGAAGACAUCAAGAAAGAUGAAGAGGACGAUGAUGUAGAGCUGAAACUCUUGUCAGACUCUGAACUGAAAACUACAGGCAUGGACAGAGAUCCUGAGUCAGAUGGAGACCUUGUUAACAAACCAAAAUCAGAAAUGGGGUCUCCAGGGUUGAUGGAUGUGAAGGAAUGUUUGACAGAGAACAAACAUUUUGACUCACAAAGGAGGGUCAAAACAGGAAACAAGUUUAGCUGUGAAGACUGUGGCAAAACAUUUAUUAAAAAACACAAUUUAAACAUACACUUGAGAAUCCACACAGGACAGAAACCUUUCUGUUGUGAAAUUUGUGGACAUACAUUUAACCAAAAAUCUAAUUUAAACACACACAUGAGAAUCCACAAAGGAGAGAAAUCUUUUUGUUGUCACCUCUGUGGACGUCGUUUUACUGAUGAAUCAAGAUUAAACACACACACAAGAAUCCACACUGGACGGAAACCUUUCUGUUGUGAUCUGUGUGGACAUAGAUUUAAUGAUAAAUCAAGUUUAAGCAAACACACAAAAAUCCACACAGGACAGAAGCCUUUCUGUUGUGACGUAUGUGGUAACAAAUUUAGCCGAAAAGCACAUUUAGACUCACACAUGAGAAUCCACACAGGACAGAAACCCUUCUGUUGUGACCUGUGUGGACAUAGAUUUACUGAAAAAUCAAGUUUAAAUAAACACAUGAGAAUCCACACAGGACAGAAAACUUUCUGUUGUGACGUCUGUGGACGUAGGUUUACUGAAAAAUCUAAUUUAAAUAAACACAUGAAAAUCCACACAGGACAGAAAGCUUUCUGUUGUGACGUCUGUGGACGUAGGUUUACUGAAAAAUCAAAUUUAACUAAACAUAUGAGAAUCCACAACGGACAGAAACCUUUUUGUUGUGAUCUUUGUGGACAUAGAUUUCGCCAAAAACAGCAUUUUGACAAACACAUGUUAAUCCACGCAGGACAGAAGCCUUUCUGUUGUGAAACCUGUGGACACAGUUUUACUGACAAAUCAGUUUUCAAAAGACACAGGAGAAUCCACACAGGACGGAAACCUUUCUGUUGUGAUGUAUGUGGACAUAAAUUUACUGAAAAAUCAAAUUUAACUAAACACAUGAGAAUCCACACAAGACAGAAAACCUUAUGUUAUGAUCUUAAAUAGGACAGAAGACUUUCUCUUGUAAACUCUUUGGACACAGAUUUACCGAUAAAUAAACUUUCAAAAACUACAUAAGAAUCCACACAUGACAGACAACUUUCUGUUGUGAUGUCAUUGGAAAUAGAUCUAGCUGUAAAUCUAGUUUUAUAACACACAUGAGAAUCUACACAGGAGAAAAUCUGUUUAGUUGUAAAACAGGUAGUUUAUUAGCCCUUUUUAAGGUCAUCUUUUUUCACAUAUUUAAUCUACAGUGGUUUGCAAAAGUAUUCACACCCCUUGAACUUUUCCAUAUUUUGUUACAUCACAACUACAAACAGAUUUCUUUGGAAUUUAAUAUGAAAGACCAACACAGAGUUAUACAUUUGUGAAGUAGAAAGAAAAUUAUACGAUUCAACACGUUUUAUGUAUCAAAUACUCAAAAGUGCAAUUUGCGAGAGACCACUUUUCUCUAAGUGCAACUAAUUUCCAUUCAUUCAUUCAUUCAUUCAUUCAUUCAUUCAUUCAUUUUCUGACGCCCUUGUCCCUAGUAGGGUGGGGAGGGGUGCUGGUGCCUAUCUCCAGCACAACUAAUUGCCACUUACUGUGGAAUUUAAUGUCAGUAAAAAUACAGAUACUCUGUGAUGCCUCAGAGUUUGAUUAAGAGAAUAUUGGGGAACAAUCAGCAUCAUGAACUCCAAGGAACACACCAGACAUGUCAAGGAGAAAGCUGUGGAGACAUUUAGACUUAGACUAUAAAAAGAUUUCCCAAGCAAUGAACAUAUCUUGGAGCACUGUAAAAUCCAUAAUCCGAGUAUGGCACAACUGCAAACCUCCCAAGACAAGGCCGUCCACCGAAACGUUCAGGCUUAACAAGGAGAGCACUGAUCAGAGAUGCAGCCAAGAGGUGCAUGGAGAGUCUGGACCAAAAUCAGAGAUCCACAGCUCAAGUGGGGGAAACUGUUCACAGGACAAUUAUUAGUCAUCACUGCACAAAAGUGAUCUUUAUGGAAGAGUGGCAAGAAUAAAGCGUUGUUAAAAGAAAACCGUAAGAAAUCCUGUUUGCAGUUUGCCAGAAGCCAUGUUGGACAACAAACAUGUGGAAGGAGCUUUGAUCAGACCAGAACAAAACUGAAUAAAAAUUGUAACAAAAGAUGAUUCCACAAAAUGUUGACUCACGAUGGCUGAAUAUUAUUGGACACUGCACUUUUCAGUUUUUGGAAUCAUAUAUAGUUUUCUUCCAGCUUCACAAUUGUAUACCACUUUGUGUUGGACUUCACAUAAAAUUAAAUAUUUGUGGUUGUAAUGUGACAAAAUAUGAAAACGUUCAAAGGGUAUGAAUACAUUUGUAAGAUACUGUAACUGACUGUGAAGUAUUUAUGCUGGCCUAUCUUAUUUAUUUUUUAGGGGGUUAUUGGGAGAGUUGGUGUCAUUGUCCAUUUAUCAUUUUCAUUAUAUUGAUUUUUGUUCUGUGUCCUUUCUGAUGAUUUUUAACUUGGUGUUUAGUGUUGAAGGAGUUUGAAAUGUUGGCAGUAGCCUACAGCCAAUUUUGGGGGGGAAUGUUUGUGGUUUGAAAAUAAUGCUUUAUGGUUGCAUUUGUAUUUAAAUGUCUGUCUUUUGUUUUUGCAAUACAUGUCUGUGAGAGAAUAGGAAAAGACCGUCUGCUCAGUAAGAAUGUAAAAACGAUGUCUCUCUUUAUUUGAUUAGAUUAAUUCUGGAAAGUGUUGGAAAUUUUAUCCUGUGCUUUUCAAGAGGGAGCUGUUUUAAUGUUCUGUCAUGUUUAUAUGGUGAUUGUGUAAUGUUUGAAAACUAUAUUAGAGAAACGUGUAAUGUUAUACUGCCUCCUCCUUGCGAUGGUUAGAGUGCCUUGGCAUGUCAAAUUACAAUACUUCAUGGGGAAAUCCAGGAGAUACCAUCAAAGAUGCACAAUAUAAAAAUAAUGCAUAAAACUGUCUGUAUCUUUCUUCUUGAAUGAUUAUAUUUUGUUCUGUUUAGCUUGUUACAUAUUAUCUGAUAUUAAAAUUUCUUUAAUCAUAACUAAUGAUCUUGUUUUGCCUAGAUCUGGUCUCACCUGAAAUAAGGAACCUGUUGUUAAGCCAGAGCAGAAAGGGCACAAAAUAUGCAAAACAGGCUUGGGGUAAAGAAAAAAAACUACAGACUAUGUUAUGGAAAUGAGAUUUUAAAUAAAUAAUUUAAGGAAUAGAAACAUGGCCACAAAAGAUGGAAUGAAGAUGAAGAAAGUUUGCACAUAAUACAACAAUCUGUAAAAACAAAGAUCUGUGGAGAACAAACUAGGAGUGAAGAUUGAGAGUAGGUCUUGCUUAAUUAAUAACAUUUUUACUUGAAGGAAAAUUAAUUAUAGCAAAUGUGAUGGUUGUGGAGAAAAAGAAAAUAUGUGUUUCGAUGAACAUUUUAAAUAUGCAAGUGAAAAAGUAAUGGAAAUAUGAAGAGCCUGGAGUCUAAAAGAAAUUUUGGGAACAAAAUGGCAGAAGGAAGAAAUCAGGAUUAUAAAAUAAAGUGUCAUUUUUACCUAGUACAAAAUUAAAACUUGGAAUAUAGUGGGAGAAACUUGAGAAGUUGCAUAGUGUUGUACUGUAGGGGGCGGAAUGCACAUCUAAAGUUGCUUGUAAUCUGCCAAGAAGAAGGAGGGAAAACAAGAAACUGUCCUGUAUGUCUCGGCAUUCAUAAAUUUCUGCCUUGUCUUCGCACGUCGUUAAGACAAAUAAAAUGACUGACGCUGGUUGUUGGGAGCCGGAUCGCAUCCAGCUGGACUUAUUGAUGCCUACAGACAAGACCUCUGGAAGAGGAGAUUCCUCCAACACCUUCUUCAUCGAGACAGUUUUCGGAAAGCACGUCCCUCGGUCUGUCUGUGUGAACCCUGAGCCCACCGUCAUUGUGUUUCCUGCAGAUGUUAAGCAGAUGCUGAUGGUUAAAGAAGAAGACACAGAAGACCAAAAACCUAAUGCAGACCUGCAUGACCCAAAACCCCAACACAUAAAGGAGGAAGACGAGGAGGUCUGCAUCAGUCUGAGGGGAGAGCUGUUCAAAGUGAAGGAAGAGAUAGAAAGUGACAUGAAGAGUGAGGAUGAUAAACAGUCCCCUCUGCUCUCACAGCUUUAUCAAGACCAAAUUAAAGACAGAGACCUUCCAGAAGUAAAGAAUGAAGGAGAAUCCAUCAAGAUAGAAAAUUUUGAAGGUGGUUCCAGGUCCUUCAAGCAUGAAGACACCGUGAAGGAUGAAGAGGAUGACGAUGAUGUAAAGUAUCCCGUCCCUGAGAUGAAACACUUGUCAGACUCUGCCCCCACUUCAGUCACAGUCCAUGUCCUUAGUUUUCAGUACAUAGCUCCUGAGUCAAAUGGAAACCUUGUUAACAAACUAGAUGCAGAAGUAGGUUUUACAGAGAACAAAAAUGUCGGCUCACGAAGGAAGGCCCAGAAAGGAUGGAAGUUGAACUGUGAAGUCUGUGGCAAAACAUUUUGUGAAAAACGGAAUUUAAACACUCACAUGAGAAUCCACACAGGAGAGAAACCUUUCUGUUGUAAAGUAUGUGGACAUAGAUCGUGUCAAAAAUCAAGUUUAAACAGACAUAUGAUAAUCCAUACGGGACAGAAGCCUUUCUGUUGUGACCUCUGUGGACAUAGAUUUACCCUUAAGUCAAGCUUAAACAGACACAUGGGAAUCCACAUGGGACAGAAACCUUUUUCUUGUGAUCUCUGUGGACAUAAAUGUAGCCAAAAAGUAAACUUAAACUCACACAUGAGAAUCCACACAGGACAGAAACCUUUCUGCUGUGAUCUCUGUGGACAUACAUUUAGGCGCAAGUCACAUUUAAACACACACAUGAAAAUCCACAGUCGGCAAAAAGUAACUCCUUUAUGAUGACUCACACUGCAAAGCAUCAGUUCGCUGUGAAAUAUUCAUGUUGUCGUUUAAGGCAACAGUCUUCACUUUUAAUCUUAAGACGUUUAAUAUCAUUUACAUAUUUGCUUAGUAACAUGACUGAUGGUUUCGUAGCAAGACACGUUUUUUUUCCUAUCAUUUCAUGUAAUGUCCAGACUGAGCUGUAGCAAAGGUGUGUGUUCUUUUCUCAUGUGUUUCUCUACGGUACAAAAGGCAAAAUGUUUGUGUGAUGCACAAGAUGUCAACAUUGAGUUAAAGGGGACCUAUCUUCAGAAUCCACUUUUUUGUGUACGUUGAGUGUCUAGGACUGCAAAAAAUUUAAAUUGAUUCUUUCCCUGUGCUGCGUAGAUAUCUUUAAAUUAUUUUUGGAUCAUAUUUUCCAGUCUUCAUUUCUUUUUCUAUUCCCUAUCAUGUUUUCUUGUCUAUUGCAUCACAGUAUUUGCUGUGGAACUGCUAAACAUCCAGCUAACCAUUUUUGUUAAUCCGCCAUAUUCUUUUGCAUUGUUUUUGUAGUGCAAGUUCAGCUGUGCUGAAGCUGCAAGUAGAGAAGUCAACAUGUUUGGUUCUAGCUUGUUUGAACUCAGAACAUUUCUUGUGGGUUAAUACACGCUCCUCAGCAUCAGACGUGAAAUGUCUCAUUCACAUUUAAAAAGACCGCAGACCAAUGAGUCGCUCUAAAACGCGCCUCAGAACUGGGGUAAACGAGGGGCCUGUGGAGGAAGAAUGAUGAGGAAUUCAGAUAUAACUGGCUGUGAAGUAUUUAUACUGUCACAUUCUUUAUUUUGAGGGGGGGAUGUUUGUAUUAUUGUCCAUUUAUUGUUAUCAAAGUGAACUGCUCAAUAUACCAUGAUAUUAAUUUUUGUUCUGUGUCCUUUCUGAUUAUUUUAACUAGAUGUUUUAGCCUUGAAGGAAUUUGAAAUCUUGGCAGCCAAAUUUUGAUUUAAUGUUUAUGGUUUGGAAAUGAUUCUUUGUGUUUGAACUUUGCUUUUCCUUGUGUGUUAAGAAACCCAUUUUGUCUGUGUUUUUGUUUUUUUUUAUCCAAUCCAUGUAUAUGAAUAGGAAAAGAUCUCAAAUCUGUUAAAGAAUGUAAAUUCUCUGUCUGUAUUUGAUUAGAUUAACUGGAAAAUGUUGGAAACCUUAUCCUGUGCCUUUUAACAGGGAGCUGCUUUAAUCCCCUGUCAUGUUUGUAUGGUCAUUGGGGUAGGUUGGCAUUAUCUACAAUAAAAACUAAAAAGCAGUGUUA